AUGAUGACCACCGAACAGAAGGAGGCGCUCGAGGCACAACGGAAGGAGCGGCAUCGGAUACUCAAGGAGCGCGCAGCUUCGAUGCUGCGAAGGGCAUCCGCGGCCUCCGCCAUCGCCGCACUCGAUCUCCCCUCCUCUUCCUUGCCGCUGCACUCCGCCAGUUCUUUGAACUCGCGAGACCAAUCCAUUGACUCGGCUAGUUCCCGGCAGGAUCCUCCAUCCUCCGAUGAGGAUGAAGUUGUGCCUUCGCCUUCAUCGGUGCCUGCUGGUCAAACUCAGGAUCUGCCACUCCCCGAUGGCGGACGUCCUCGCCGCCACGCGACAAGGAUUGCGAAUGCCAUCGUUCUCGAUAAGGACGAUGAUGGCAUGGACAGUGGUGAUUCCGCCGACGAAUAUAGGUCCCCCCGUGAACUAGAGGAGAUCAAACAGGCGAAGCUUGCGGAGUUGCAACAGCGACGCCAACUCCCCGACGAGUACUGCCCGCAACCUCAGCGCAACAGCACUCCACCAGCAGAGAUGGCGGUCAACGAGGGGGGCGGGACCAUGGACGGUGGCUCUGUUGUCAAGCAGUAUCGACGCGGGCCACGGCCUCAAGCGUUCAAGGACGAGGCCCGUGGCAUUCGGCAGGAGUUUGAUCGCAAUGUUGAAGCGCUAGCCGCCAAGUACAACUACCCACUUGCGACUGCGCGUGGCGAGGUGUUGGGGGAACCGAAGAAGGAGCGGAAGAAGAACAACUGGAACCUCUUCCAAAGCUUCUACAGUAACAAGAUCAUGCCAAAGCCGGACAAUGUGAAGAUAACGGAUUGGACGAGGGACACUGUCCGCCCGGAGUACAAGAGCCGCUUGCAAUCACUCCCCUCAGACCAACGCGAGGACCCUGAGGCGCUCGAGGAGCUCUUUGCGGAUAUGUACAAGUGGUUUGAAGGCGCGUUGGAGGGCGCUGUUGUGCAACUGCGUCAGGACGGGAAAUUUGGGAAGAUGGGCAUCAAAGCAGCACGGGAGCUGUCCAAACUGGCUCAGAACAUCUUCGAACGCCUGGGUCUGCACGGCUUUGGCGUCCUUAUUGACGCUGAUGGUCAGGCAAGCUGCCAUUGGGGCGGCUCCCCGCUCUAUCUCGAAUUGCUCAAGAAGUACAAGCCCGCAAUGUUCCUGCAGCUGAAGGAUUAUGAGGCGAUGGUCCGGAUGAUCCUGUUGGAGCGCCAAGGCCUGAGCUCUAACAUUCUUCGCAUUCGGUCCGCUGCCUCCGACGAUGAUGGCGAUGACGGCGAAGAGGAUGAGGAGGCAGACCCGAAAGGCAAAGGCAAGAACCCAGACUCACGUGACUCUGGCCGAGCGCGAUUCUCCAUGUUCAUGCGACAGGAAGUUUCUGAUGUGUUGUUGACCGAUAUGAAGACCGUGAAUUGGACCUGGAAUCUAUCGGAGAUGGCGUAUCGCUACAAGAUCAUUUCCAUGAACUGGCCUGAAGGUUUCGCUCUGCCAAAAACGGGGCACUGGAAGGCAUCUGUUCCUCUUCUUGCCAAAGUCCUCCCUCCGUUGGAAGCGCGUUGGAACACACAACUUUCAGACGCUCGAGAUGAUGAUGAUGCAGACACUUUAAAGCGUAAGGAAGCCCAGGAGGAGAUGGCGAGCAACGCAAUUUAUUGUGAAUUAUGGACAGAGGAGCAGAAGGCCGCCGAUGACGUCACCCUGGGCAAGAUGCCCGUUGUUCUCUCCCUGAAGGGCGAUGUCCUCGCCUUGCUAGGAGAUUCACCCAAGUUCAAGAAGGACAAGGCGGCUCGAGUGGAGGCGGCGAAGCGCGCAGAGGAGAAGCUUUUCAAGAAGCUGCGCGAGGAGACGUUGAAACGUGCGAAGGAGGCGGAGAAAAGAGUGUCCGAUGUUCGCUCCCCGUCCCCUCCGACUCGCGCUCCUGCAGCUCCUGCCCCGCGGCCUCGUGCUCCGACAUCAAACAGCUCCAAUGCUGUGGCAUCUUCCAGUCUCUCCAACUCGGCCCACCUGCCUGUUCCGACUGUGGCUGCCACUGCUUCAUCUUCAUCUUCCGGCGCUUCUCUGCCAAAUGCAGCUAAGGCCCGUUUGGCCAAACUGCUGGGAAACGCAACGAGGGAUAUUGCGGGCCCCGGUGAAUACUUGUGUCGGUUUUGGUUUUCCGAUACCAACCAGGCAUCGGCGACGUUUGUUGCCAGUGCAAUGCGACCACGCAUCCCGGAGGAUGGGCCAGAGGAAGAGGAUAUCCUGCAGCUCGGGAUACAAGUGUAUUUCGAGCCGGGUGGAUGGACCCACAUCGAUGAGGUGGCCAUUCCCGCGGCCCGCCAUCAAGCUCGUUACGCGGACAUCAUUGAAAAGGUGCUCGCGGAGUUUGUGGAGACUGAUUAG